AUGGUGAGUGUUUCGGUUCUCGCUGUCUAUCUAUCGUUACUUAUUGGGAUAAAAUAGUUGAUAUACGGGAUUGAAACUUUAUUUUAGAAUGGGAGAAUGCUGUCACAUUGGUUCUGAUAGUGGCUGGUGACAUUACACGCAAUAUUGGAGUCGCUGUGAGCUGAUAAUGGGCAAACUGUAAUUGGCUAGUUAGCUAAACAAAGAUGUCAAAAUGUGAUUUAUCUUUUACUCAGAGCCGAAUCAAGGACUUUGUCUACGCUCUGCAGCUAGUGUAACGCCAACAGAUCGUGUUUGAAGACGAAAAGCACGACUAAAGAUGCAUUGUGGAGCCUUGUUUUUACAUUUACAGCAAAGGCAGAGUACAUUUACAUUAAAACUGACGAAAAACGUGUCUUUAGUUCUGAACUACGUUGUUGUUUGUUUGUUUCUGAAAUUGUCGGCUGUUUUUUAUCCUAAUAUAAUCCUGCUAUUUCCUGUCUAACUGAAUGGCAUCUCAUGUCUGCAGGCAAAAGCAACUAAAGUGAAAGAGGCACUGGCUAAAUGGGUGAGUCUUAUCCAAAUUAACUUAAGAAACUAGGAUGAUAUACUGUAUGAUUCUGUGCCUUAGACCUGCUUCAGUGGCCAAUUAAAUCUAUUGAUUGUCUUGUUUGAGUUUAUUUGUGGGAAAGAGAAGUUCUGAUCUUGUGGCCUAAAAACUUUCCGGUACCCCCCCCCCCCCCAAAAAAAAAAAAAAAAUUAAAUAAAAAAUAAAUAAAUAAAUAAAUAAAAAAUGUUCUCUUUAAAAAUUAGCUUUGUUGCUUUAUUGAACUGGAGUCAUACUGCAAUAACUUAAAUAAAUGAUGCACCACCUUAAACCAAAUGCUUUGACAGGAAAGCAAUUUAAGCAGCAUAAUAAGUCAACAACAUGAUGUAGUGGACUGCUGACAGAUGGAUCAUUAUGGAGCUGUGUUUUUUGUAUGCUAGAUGUAAUUUUUGUAUUUGUGUGUUUCUGUGUGUGUCAACAGGAGGAGAAGUCCGGAGAGAAAGCGAGCGAGGCUACAGAAGUUAAACUGUAUGGUCAGAUUCCUUCUAUAGCCAAAAUGGGUGCUUCGCUCUCUACACUCUCAAAAUGCAAGUGAGUCCUUCACCAGAUCUGUGUCUUAUCUGGACUAGUUUUUAUACUAUACAACACAUAUUGAUGUGCUUUAUUUGUACAGCAAUUAAUCUGACACUGGCUAUAUGCUGGAGCCUUCCUGAAAGGUCUAACAAUUCCCCUCACAUGGUCAAAAUGAACAAAAAAUGGCAUUUUGCUUUGUUUCAUGCAAGGAGUUUUAUAAAAUCGCUGGAGGAUUUGCAAGGAUUUGAAAAAUUGUUUUAAUUUGAAUAUUUUAGGGACUUAACCUCACCUAUAACUUAAUUGUCAGAGUGGUGUCAGUGUAGAUAUAAAAGGCUAAAAUAAAAAAGCUUCUUUCUGUGCACCUUCAGUCAAAGCAGUGUGGUGCCUGGUUAGUGAGGUCAGUUUCCUUUGCAAAUACAAUUAAACCAAUGAAAGCCAAUCUCCUGUCAGCUUUUGUCUCCUGUUGUAACUGUUUGGAGCAACUUACAAACACAAAUGAGUGAUAAACUGAUACUUCAGUCAAGGUCUGCUGAUGUUACCUACAUAAACAUGCAGAUUGGAGAUAACCACAGACUCCAAAACUGAAACAUUAAUUGUGUUUAAGUCAUACCAGCAUGUCAUUUUUCAAAUACCUGAUGAGUAAAUGGUCUGUGUCCUCCACAGGAAACUCUCUCUGUCCACAAACUGCAUUGAUAGAAUUGCUAAUCUUAACGGCUUGAGUGAGUGCUCACUGCAUGAACACAGACAGUAUCAUCACACAUGAUCACACUCAUCAGUUUAUAUGAACUUCAGUAAAAUUAUUUUUUUAUGUGCUUCCAGAGAACUUGAAGAUAUUGUCAUUAGGAAGAAAUAAUAUAAAGACUUUAAAUGGGCUGGUAAGUCACAUUAGAAGCAGAGUUUAUACCCAGCAGUUGUUAUACUUGUACAGCUUUAGUGAUUUACAAAUGAACGCUUUGUAGAGUCAUACCUACUAUGUAGUGUGUUUUUAUUUGUGAAUGUUUGAGCAGGAAGCAGUAGCAGACACAUUAGAAGAACUUUGGAUCUCCUAUAACCGGAUAAAAAAACUGAGGGGAAUCUCCGUUAUGAAGAACCUCAAAGUCCUCUACAUGUCCAACAACCUGGUCAAAAAUUGGAGUAAGCUACAUUCAUGAACAAAGUUCACAAAAUAAGAUAGUUGGAGGAGUAAUGUUUGACCCUGUUGGUGCAUUAACUGCAUUUUUGGGGCAGUUUUCAAAUGGACAUGAAAACUUAAAUGACUCAGUGACUCUGCAUCUUAAAGAAAUAACUGUAUCUUAUAUUUAACUUUAUAUACUGUUGGUUUGUUGUGGCCUUUUUAUAUUGUAUAAAGUUUGUUUCCUGUCUUGUGCAGGGGAGUUUAUGAGGCUGGCUGACCUGCCGUGUCUCGUAGACCUGGUGUUUGUUGGAAAUCCUCUGGAGGAAAAGUACUCAGCUAAGGGAACCUGGAUGGAUGAAGCCUCGAAAAGACUCCCCAAUCUGACAAAACUAGAUGGUAAAAAUGGGGCAGUAGCAUUUAUUAAGACGUUCUUAAUCCUAACCAAGAACUCAUAUAUGAGCAAAGCAAUAAUUUACUGGUCCUGGCUCUUGUGCAUGUUGAAGUACUUAAGUGUACUUAUUUUAACUCAUUUUUUAAGAUUAUUUACAGUUGACUAUUUUGAUAAGUCAGGUGUGGUCAUUUGAUGUUGGAUGAGCUGAGCAAAAAAAAUGAUUUGUUCAGAAAAUAGAAAACAGAAAAAGUUCAAACAAAGGGCUUUGGGGGGUAAUAAGAGAGCUAAAUCUAGCCCAUGAUCCCUGACAAAGAAAUGUCAUAAACUGAACCAAGUUAGAUGACUGAGUUUAAAAUUUGGUUUAAAUAUCAAUUGAAGAAAAUGAAAAGAAAUGUAAUUUCAAGCAUUUUUAAGUGUUUUACAGGGUGUUUUAUGAGUACCACCUCCCACACCCACACCGCACCUGUUGUGGAAAGUCCAGCAUAAUCAAUGCACAGGAGACAUGAUGAGAUCUGAAGAACAGCCUGGGCGUCUUUAAUAGUACAGAUGUAGAAAUUAGUACAGAUGACAAACAGAGUCUCGACCAAGACCCAAGGAAGCCUCUCUAGCUUUACUUCUACUCUCUUUUAUGCUGUGUGUGUGUGUGUGUGUGUGUGUGUGUGUGUGUGUGUGUGUGUGUGUGUGUGUGUGUGUGUGUGUGUGUGUGUGUUCUCCAGAAGGCCCCUCAUGAUGACAUGUCUGCCCCACGACACUUUGUUUAGGUUCGUCUUGACCCUGGCAGAGAUUACAUGUUCCAACAGACAGAUAGUUUGGGCUCCUGCAAGACAGCCUUGCUUACAAUCUCAUGGUCGUGGGGCAGCAAGAGCAGGCCAACCUAGACUAUUUGUAGCUUCUUACUAAAAGAUAAUUACUCUAUAUUUCUUAACCUAAAUGUAUGAAGACAUUCCCCUACACAUCCUCCCUUUGAAAGUUCUUACUUUCAUAAAAACCUGAUCAUCAUAUCAAACACUAAACAUCCUUAUGUGAUUAAAGAAACAAAAAUCAGUACCAUACCAUACCGUAGCUAGGAUCAUUUCAAAUUAUAUCAGCGCGUAAGACUGAAAACCCUGCUCGGCUGUUUCAGCAGGGAAAGAAUCUUACGGCCCCGCGCCCUGGCGACCAUCCAUUUCCUGGAUGCGCUGACAUAAUUUCAUUUGCAUAGAGGAAAGUGUCCACAUUUGAUAAUAUCAUUACAUUACAUUACACAAACAUGUUGUUUGUGUUGCUCAAAGUCCAUUGCUCAUCUUCUUCUCCUUCAAAGUCCAGGAACCGUUCAGGUCCCUCAGUCCCUCCUUGAUUAGUCACACACUGUGCCAGCUGUUUUGGUGGCAUUUCCUGUAGUUCAUGGGCCAGUGUUCGGUCCACCAUAAGUCCCAUCUCCUCCGUCAGCUUCCAACAAUGUCUCCAAAGGAUGUGUACGAUGCGACAUGUGAGAAAGGAAACCAGAAUUAGGGCUAUCGCAGCACUCAUGGCUGGGCCAAAACGGCUCUCAUUCAUCUAAAAUUUGGACCACCCAGUCCAUUAACAGGCCCCCCUUACCAGCAUUCUCCCGCAUUUCCACUUUAAACUUUUCUUUACCCUUCAUAGCUUUAGAAAAACCUCUCCCAGGGGCUUGUUCUGUUAGAAAUGUAUCUGCAACAGUACUUUCCAAACUUUUAAGACACAUCUUGUCUCUUCAAAUACCCAAUUUAAUGCUUGUCUGUAUUGACAUGUUAGUGGACUUGUUACAUGUAAAUAUCCUUUAAUCUAAACAUCUUCCCUGAAUCAUCAACAAAUGAAAUCAAACAAAAUCAAAUCAAACACAUCUUUCUUUCACAUAAUUACUUAAUUUUACGUUUAAAAACAGUUCUUCUCUUAUUUGUAAAAAUCUGGCAAAAAUCUCUUCCCCAUUUACAACCUCCAGCUGUUAUUUUAUUGCCACACACGACUUUUCAGCAUUCAUUUUACUCCCUAUGUGAUAAAUUCAUCUGGAACCCUUCCUCCAAUAUAUCUUAUCUACUUAGUAUGUAGGGCUCUCUUGUUUCUGAUUAUCUAUAUAAAAAAAAUUCUUUUUAAUUUCAUUAUCUAUUUAACCUAAUUGUAAAUCUGUAAUAACCUGUGAAUGUUGGCAUGGGUUGUAGCUCUGUCUGGAGUGGUGUGGAUUGUGUUUUGGGUUGCAUCGCACUCACCCGCGAUAACAAUGUCUCCCACUUCUUCUUCUCACAGCUGUACUGGCACCAGUUUGACCUUCACCCUCAUUGUUGUCAUCAGUCUCUCUCUCGGUCUCUCUCCACACAUUGUCCCUCAGCAGCAACACCAGGAAAACAGUUACUUUCAGGACGAGUGCUACAGUCAUUCUGGGAGUGUCUCUUAUCAAGUCAUACUUCCCUUGUUUUUUCUGGGCAGUCAGUGGUAGAUGACGCCACAUCAUAUUGCCCUCUUCUUGCACUGAAGUAGAGUUCACCAGGACCAAAGUGUUCAGGUCUUCUCCUCGUUCCUUGUGCCACCCUCCUCAAAGGACGGUGAUGUACACCUGAUGCUCUGGCUUGACUGGCCUCCACCUCUUGACUGGGAUCAGAUUUUGGCACUCCUCCUGCUAAUCGAUAGAUCUUUGCAUCGUAGUUAGCUGCCUCAUAUAUUUAAUUCACUAAUUUUCAGCUGCUCAAGCGAAAAACUUAAUUAUUUAGCCGCAGUAAAGCAUAGCUUUGUAAGUUAGUCAAUCAUGCAGUGAAAGAUUUAUCUCAGUGCUUUUGAUUGUGAAAGCUCAUAAGCGCAAGUAGCAAAGCAUCUUCCUAUAGGUUAGUGUUAGUGCAAACUCUCUGAUCAGAUAUUUACUUGAGAGAUUAACUUUCUUCCCCAAAAUGAUGUACCAAAUCAUGCAGUGAAAGAUUUAUUUUGACUCCAAGAUCUUUUGAUGGUGUUGCUUCCAUCCAUCGACUGAACCCGUCAUCAUUACAAACAUGUAACAUAUCCCUUGGCAGUUUUAACCAUGUCCAUAUUGUCUAUGAAUAGAUUUCUAAAAGCGUCUCUCUGGAACUGGAAAGUGUCCCACUACUGUUUUAUUGUUCUCUUCAAUUUAUCUAACAAAACACAUAUCACAAUGACCCAAAAGUUUAUCAACUAUUGUCAGCAUAUUCUAAAAAUGUCGUUUUAAUUGUCUCAUCAUCUCCCCCCUUGCACAGUGUGAAUCACUGUGAAGGUCAGAUCCUAAGUUUGUUUGUUAAUACUACUGGUACAAAAACUAGUUAUUUGACUCUAAACCAUUUUCUGUGGCCUUACUGGCCUUUGAUAGCUUCCUAUUACUUUUACAUUAGGUGGCACAUCUGUGAGGAGUGUGUGUGGAUUCAGCACAGCUGCAUUUAGAUUCAUCAGUAUUAAACUAACAGAACAGGAAUGUUACAAUGCUAACGUCACGAUAUUUACUUUAAAACUAUAAACCAUAACUGUCUACUUACACACCUUGCGGUGAGCACCAAAUUUGAAUGUUACUUCUACAUAGGGCUCUUUGGUCUAUAAGGUCAACAGGGUUAAAAUUAAAACUAACAAUUAACUUUUUCCAUCAUCCACAAAAAUCACACUGUAGUAAGCCACCAUUUUCACAUUGUCUGGGCUGGGGCCCCCCACCACAGCUCCAGCCAGAGGCGUCCCUGGUCUGGGCAGUUGUCAAAAAUGUCCGGUAUGAUCACAUCCCCAGCAGGUCUUUGGACGUCACACGUCCGUCAGAAUUCCACUCUCUCCCCCUGCCGGGAUAUAUCCUCUCUAUGGAGCAGGGUUCUGUCUGAGGAUAAACAUUCACAACAGGUGAUUAAACAGGUUACUGUCACAGGUUUUACCGCAGUUAGCAUCUGCAUGGUCUGCAUCGCUGGGUCUCUUCUGCAGUGUCUUCCUUAGAGGUGGCCACCAUCGUGGCCUGAGUCUGUACUCCACAUCACAUCACAAUAUGCAUUGAACUCACUCCCAUCUAUCAUGGGAUUCGUCAUCCAACCUUGUUUUGCCUUGCGCAGAGACUUCUCCAUCGUCUUAGUUCCCAGCAGUUGAGCCAAGAGUGCUUUCAUGUCUGGUGUAGUCAACAUUUUCUUUACAGUUCAUCCUCAAAAACCGAUAUCCAUCUCCCUGCCCCCUGUUCAGUUUGUGGUAGUCUGGCAAUCAGCCCAACAAGGUGUGUGGUUUUCCACAGCACAUAGCUAGCCUGUGUGCCAUUUCUUAAGAUUGAAAACAUACUAUCAGUGCAUUUCCAAGCGAACAUAAUCUAGGCCAGGGGUGUCAAACUCAACCACAGCAAGGGCCAUAAUCUGGAUUUCAGUCUAACCUCAGGGCCAAAGAGGGUUAACAUUUCACCAAAACUGUCAAUUUCCUUUUCAAAACAUAUGGGAAAAAAAAUAGCAAUGAUUAUAAAUCAUUUGGAAAUUCAAAAGAGAUAAAUAAGAAAAAAAUAAUAAUAAUAAUAAUAAUAAGUUUAAAGGCAACCUAAGAUAGAAAAGUUUUAGUUUUUAUUCUAUUCUUAUUUAUUAGUUCAAAAGAUCAUCGCAUGAGUAAGAAAAAACAAAUAAUAUAAAGUAUGAAAAUGACACAAAUCUUUGAACAUGUCCAGUACUUUUAGUUCCAUAUCUCUUGUUUUUGCGUGUUUUACUUUAUCUUUGUGUUUAUGGCCUUAGAUUCGCUGCUCCAAAUCCUCACACACAGCCAAAUCAGAUGUGCCUCCCCUAGGUCAUAAAAAUUCAAACCCCUUGACUCAUUGUUCCCAUUUCUUUGUAAGUUUUUGGAUAUUUUUAAGUGAUCAGGAUAUUUACACCCUACCAGUGCAAUUGGAGUUAAACUAAUCUUCCCUUUCUGAUCAUGGUUUUUGUAAAAUUUAUUAUUCAAAUGAGCACACACAUCAAAACUUGAUCCCCAGCAGUUUUGUAAAAUUCCCAAAAAAUACACAGUAUAAAGCUUUUGCCUUAACUGCAGUUCUAUAGCAAUAGUCAGUAUUGAUAUUAACAGCUUCAAUAAUAUUUAAAAAACCCAGUAUUUUGGCAAAAACAGCAGAUGUAUAGAAGCAACUCUUAGAUUUGAAGUUUUAGAAGUUUCGCACUUGUGGUACCUCAUUUCUUUUUCCCCUUUUUGUAUCUUUUAUACUUUUACAAAUAUUAUUUCAGCAGCUUUAACACAGAAAAUUGGUUACGGAGCAUAAGACGUGUUCACAACAAAAAAAAAAAACAAACAUAAUAUUCGAGCAUAAGCUAAAACCUUCAUAUCAGGAGUGUUCAUCAUGGUACUAGGAACAGAACCUCUUUCCCAGGAGUAUUUAACCUUCUAUGUCUCAACUGAUAACAUGACCGCAAUGAGCACAGUAUUCACAUAAACAACUAUGAAAUAAACACAAGUGAGGAAAACACAGCAAUCUUUGACUAACAUAACACACACACAGAUGCAGAGUCUGGCUGUGAACACUGCCAGAGAACUUAGUUGACACAGAACAAAACAGACACACACAAACAUCCAAUCAACCCACACACUUCACUUUUUCAUCACACAAUGGUAUACCCUUUCACACGUGUUUGAAGUCAAAGUCAGUCACUGGUUUCAGUCAGCAGUCUUCUAUUUUAAUUCUUGUUUUGAUUUCUUCAAUUUUUCCAAUUUGUGUGAUUUUUUUUCAAUUUGUGUGAUUCUUCUACAAUUGGUCAGGAGAUAUGGGACGUGCUUGUUCAAUUGGGAUCCUUGAAUAGGUUUUUCAGCCUAUCCUUAUUGACCUCUUUUUCUAUCUCCUGCUCAUCAAGCCAAUCUGUAUCUGUAAUUUAAGUCCAAUUAUAACACUGAUUUUGUGAGGUCUUCGACAUAUAAAAGAGAUAUAUAUGUUCAUUUCAAAUAUCUACUAUUCCGUCAUUAUACUUAUUCGGCCCUCUAGAGUUCUGGAUCAGAAUUUAGGAGGAAAUAUGCCACUUUCGUUCUCCUUUUGGCUUUUUCUUAAGCCUCAGCGGAACUUCGCAUGACAAAUCCACUUUCUAGUGGAGUUUUCCAGAAAGAAAAUCCACGUAUGUAUUACGAGAUGAAUCUGCUCGUCCAUCAGCUGCCACCUUUCAGAGCUCAUGAAAGAUGGUCUAAAAUUCACAGUUCAACAAUGGACAGACACACUCGUGUCUGCCCCUCCCCUUGUUAUCCCAAAAAUUACCCUGAACCUUUUUAUCUCCAGGCAUUCAGCCUAAAAAAAAAAAAACACAUCACAACCCGGGCCCGGCUGUCUCCCCAAGCUACUGGCCAGUGCUUUUCUGCACCCAGCCUAUAGCGUCACAUAUGACAAUCUCACACCUAUAGCAGCAUGAGGCAAUCUCACACUCUGAAGAAGACGAAGUGCUUCUGCACCCAGCCGAUAGCUUCACAUGUGACAAUCUCACACUUAUAGCAGCGUGAGGCGGUCUCACCCUUUAGGAAGACGAAGUGCUUCUGCACCCAGCCUAUAGCUUCUCACACAUAGAACAGCCUAUGGCUUCUACAUAUGGCAUCUCACAUAUGCAGCAGCCUAUAGCUCUACAUGUGGCAUCCCUCAUAUGCAGCAGCCUAUAGCUCUACAUGUGGCAUCCCUCAUAUGCAGCAGCCUAUAGCUCUACACGUGGCAUCCCUCAUAUGCAGCAGCCUAUAGCUCUACACGUGGCAUUCCUCAUAUGCAGCAGCCUAUUGCUCCUCAUAUGGCAUUCAUCACAUGCAGUAGCCUACAGCUCCUCAUAUGGCAUUCAUCACAUGCAGCAGCCUACAGCUUCUCAUAUGGCAUUCAUCACAUGCAGCAGCCUAUAGCUUCUCAUAUGGCAUCCCUCAUAUGUAGCAGCCUACAGCUCUACAUAUGGCAUCUCACACAUGCAACAGCGUGAGGCAAUUUCACACAGUCAACUGCAGUUUCUCUUAAAUCAGCUGAUAUAUAUUCAAUUUCAAUUGGCUUCCUCACAAAUUUAGCAGACUUUGAUCAGCUGACUGCAUGCAUGCAGUUUUCUCAGACUGUCUUCAUUCCCACUGUCUCCUCUUAUUUCUAUUCUAGGUUCUUUGAUUCGAAGAGGACAGAGAACAGUAGUCCGCACCACCUCACAGGGAGAAGAACUCUCAACCAAAUUUUAGGAAAUAUGCUACCUUUUUCUUUUUGUGCGCACAGAGUGUCCUUAUCCCAUGUGAAGUUCGCAGAACCAUGGUCCCUUGUCCCCCGAAACGAAUUCUGGCUAAAGCUCGCCAAUUAUGUUGUGGAAAGUCCAGCAUAAUCAAUGCACAGGAGACAUGAUGAGAUCUGAAGAACAGCCUGGGCGUCUUUAAUAGUACAGAUGUAGAAAUCAGUACAGAUGACAAACAGAGUCUCGACCAAGACCCAAGGAAGCCUCUCUAGCUUUACUUCUACUCUCUUUCAUGCUCUGUGUGUGUGUGUGUGUGUGUGUGUGUGUGUGUGUGUGUGUGUGUGUGUGUGUGUGUGUUCUCCAGAAGGCCCCUCAUGAUGACAUGUCUGCCCCACGACACUUUGUUUAGGUUCGUCUUGACCCUGGCAGAGAUUACAUGUUCCAACAGACAGAUAGUUUGGGCUCCUGCAAGACAGCCUUGCUUACAAUCUCAUGGUCGUGGGGCAGCAAGAGCAGGCCAACCUAGACUAUUUGUAGCUUCUUACUAAAAGAUAAUUACUCUAUAUUUCUUAACCUAAAUGUAUGAAGACAUUCCCCAGCCCAUGAUCCCUGACAAAGAAAUGUCAUAAACUGAACCAAGUUAGAUGACUGAGUUUAAAAUUUGGUUUAAAUAUCAAUUGAAGAAAAUGAAAAGAAAUGUAAUUUCAAGCAUUUUUAAAUUAAAUAAGUGUUUUACAGGGUGUUUUAUGAGUACCACCUCCCACACCCACACCGCACCCUGA